UACUGUAUUAGACAGACCCUUUUCAUGUAAGGUUAAAAAUUACGGUUUCGCCGUUUAUAUGAACCGAAUUUUUUUUUUCGACCCAAAGAUUCUCACCAAAAAAUCUGGAAAAUGCCAUCUUAUGAAGCAGCUUUAAUAAUAAGAUCGGCUUUAGACAGGCCUCAGUUGAAAACUGUUGUGAAGGCAGCAUGUCAACAGAUUAUGAAUGAGGGUGGUUUGAUAAAGCAGCUGGAGAAUCUAGGUCACAGAGAAUUGCCGCAUAUUACACGGGCUCACAAACUGAAACACACACAUGGAAAUUAUUUCUGUAUCCAGUUUAAUAGUUCAUCAGACGCAAUGUGCGGUAUUGCCCAAAAGUACAAACAUACAAAAGAAAUAGUUCGCUAUGGUAUUCUUAAGAAGGAAGAGGAGCCGAGGCGACCAUGCCUUGAUGGACCUUGUUUAUUCGGGGAAUUACCAAAUCCAGACCAUGACAGGGCAGUUUAUUCACGGAAAGUGUUAAGGAGAUUCAAGAACAACAAAAUGUCUAACGUGUAACAAUGUAAAUUAGUGUAGUUUUUAACAUGUCUGUAAAUGAUGAUGGUUCCUGUUGAUAUCAGCCAUUUUGAUCAUGAAUUAAUGUUUCUUUCUGUUCAGAGUUCUUUUAUUAUCUGUCUAGAGUUCUUUUUAUUCAACAGAACAUUUUGAAGCUAUUUGCUAUAAAGACUACGUACAAUAUUCUCUUCCGAUCAAGGCCAGUAUUCUCUUUGAAGGUUUGAAAGAAAACUGUGUCUGAAAUAAUCCAUCGUCAACCUCUCAUUUAUGUUGGGAAGCUGUGGAGAACAUGUAAGCACUGAUAGAGGUCAAACGUCAAAUUCAAGAAUGAAAUAAGUACAGAUUCCAAGGACUCGAUACACCUGAAAUGCAUCUGAAAAAUGGUGCUAAACACAACAAAAUAGAAUAUUCAGCUGUAUACGUGACUUGAAAAUGUUGCAAUUUCUGUAGGCAGGUAUUUUAAUCUGAAUAAGACUGAGUUUUGCCAAAAGUGUAUUUUUGUGAGCACUUUGGAAAUUAUAAGUGAAUUUAGGAUAUACCAGAAUGCUACAUUUACAUUCACAUAACAUUUUGUAAGGGAGGAAAAUAGUGUUUAUUUUUGUAUAAACAAUAUUGGUGUAAUAAUAUAAAGUUCUUCUUGCAAAUCAUCAAAGACUUGCUGGCGCGAUUCAUGUUUGCAAGAAGUGCAAAUGUGGUUUAUACCAGUAUAAACGCAAUAAAAAGCAUUUAAUUCUUAAUUGUGUCUGCUUUAACAAAGGUAAUCUACAUGUUCCUUUAGAGGUAACCAUGUGGAAUAGUUUGCCUUGUGUCAGUGCUGAAAUUACCUGUAGACUUUAUAAGAGACUUAAAAAGUCCCUGUAGAGCAAGAUUAUGUUGCUGUUAUGAAAUUAGACCCUACAAUAUUAAACAUUAUGAUUA